UAAUUUGUCGUCACCACCUAGACUACUGCAGCACGUCACGUGAUAUUCCACCCCAGGCUAUAUAGCCAGUCCCGGAAACCUAGUGUUGACCUAUUGGUGUGUGCUUAAGUGACCGCAAGUGCCAAAAUAGAACCAUCCUUAAGGGUAGGAUGUUUCCUCUGAAAACUCAAAACGGAGGGCGGAGUGGCGACCGCUCGCAGAGAGGGGACUCAGACAGAGAAGCGUUAUUGGGAGCGUCUGGGAGUGACGUGUCCAACUUAACGGUGGACCUAAACCUUUUCGGACAGCCCAAGAUACAGGGACGAAGUCACCACAGAGGUGCGACAGCCACAAUGGCCGGGCAAGAAAAUGUGAGAGGGAAGACUUUAUCACGUUUGUGUCAGUAUAUCGGCUCUUUCUCGGUGACACAUACGAACAAAGUUGCCAGGGCAGAUUUCGUCAGAAAACAACUUCAGGCAAUCGAGCAGGUGGAGAAAACCCAGCCUGUGCUGUUGGUGCUGACGCUGUCAGGGGUGAGGGUGUGCAGUCCAGAUGGGAAGACUGCCCACAUGGACCACAGCCUGAAGCGGAUUUCCUACUGCACGUGUUACCCCGAGGAGCGGCAGUUCGCCUUCGUGGCCAGGAACCCGGGACAACUCUUCAACGACCAGUAUUGCCACGUCUUCAUCACCAGGGCACAGAAAGAGGCUGAAGAGUUGAACGUGAUAAUCGGGGAAGCCUUCAAGGUGGCGUUCAGCCAACAGAGCGAGGCGGGGAAACAGGAGACCUUCAACCAGCUGGUGUUCGAGCGGCAGCAGGAGUUCGAGGGGCGGUUCAUUCACUCCAGGUACAGCGUCAACAACAAGAAAGCCACUAAGGAACAAGAACCAGCUAAGCGCAACUGGUUUGGCCGGUCCAAACGCCGAGCACCAAGCCCUCCCCGCGCUACGUCACCAGUGGCCACCAUUUCACCAACGUUCGGCGAGAUACAGGUCUCGGAAUCCAUUCCGAAAAACGGUCAUGUCCAUAUUAGGAUUCAACAAUUCGAAACCAACCACUCUUCCCCAAAGCCUGUGCCGAAGCCACGCCUACACAAACCGACCAAUCAGGGGGUGGCAGCAUGUCAGGUGAUGCCGUCAGCUCCACCAGUGGAUGCUUGUAUGAACAUGGCAACCAAUCAGAAGGCAAUGAUGAAUACCCAUGGAUUGAUGAACAACCAAGACUAUCGUGGAGCAGCAUGGUACAAGGGAAACGUUCCAAGGGAAAUGGCCAUGGCUGAGCUGGAGAGACAAUGUGCAGGUGCCUUCAUGGUCCGAGAGAGCGGCAGUAACCCCGGAUGUUACGCCUUGUCGCUGAGAACAAUGGCUGGGAUCAGCAACUACCUGAUCGGUAAAACCGACAAAGGAUACACCAUCAUGGGGUUUGGAAAGUCGUUCCCUGACCUGCACACGUUGAUCAUCCACUAUUCCGUGUACGCCGAGAUGCUGCCAUGCAGACUUAGGAUGACCGGAAACUACGACAAUCCUGUGCCUUACUAGACACUAUCCCUCUGCAAAUUACCAUGGUUAUAGUAAAUUUAGCCCCACAUUAACAACAAAUGUCAACCCUCUGGACAUCCAACCUUCCUCAGAACAGUUAACCUACAAGUUUACUGUCGUGACGUAUGUGGAUAUGGGACUCAAGUAAUGGGUCAAUAGUGUCUUGAAGUUUGUGACGACCUCUGUUAGUGACGACUUCCUUAAGAACAAGUAUAUAUUAAGUGUUUAUAUGGAUCUAAUGCCUCAAAUAGGAUAUAUGUACCGGAUGAUUUAUAAACCCGUAAAUGUCAGGUGCUUUAUUACUUUUGCCAACAUGAGGAGCUGUGGGAGAAAGAGUACUGUAGUUUAUCAAUAAUUUGUAACUUUUAAAUCAAUGAAAUGCUAGGAUAGACAUAUCCUGACUAAAACCGUGCUUCUAGUGGCCGACCUUACAGUUGCCCCUACCUAGGGGAGGGGGUCAUUAACCCCAGCCAGUGAGAGAUUGUGUAAACCCGGCUAGGGUAGAUACCAUCAUUACAUUCUUACACUUACACAUACAUUGAGAUUUACAUCAUUCUUAUGUAACUUUGAAGAUUGUAUCUAGAGAAUGAAGUAAUCAGAAUAAAAAUCCUAUAAACUUCAAGAAAGAAACAAGGAUUACACUUGUAGAUUUGAAAGAAACUUUCAUUUUGUAGAAAAUAUCUCAAAGGUUUCAAAAUAUUGUUGUAAAGAAUAGUUCAUUGAAAACAUUAGUACAUGUAUAUUGUAAUUCUAUAAAGUUAGCAUUACGUUAUAAGAAAACUAGUAAGAGUGGUAAAGCAAAAUACAUGAAAUAUUAUUAAUAUAAUGUGCCUCACAUGCAUAGGCAAAAAAAUUGUAAUAAGAAGAUGAACAAGUUAGACAAUUGAUGGUUGUACAAAAAGUUAAGCUUUACCUAUCUCACACAGUAUCAACAUAGUUCCAUAUCUGCAAAUGUCACAAACCAGAAUUACUGAAAUUCAUUAGUUUAAAUAGUGUGAAGAGAAUGUAGUUUUGUUUGGCUAUAGGCCCAAUUUCAUACAAUUAUACCUCAACUGUAAGUUAUACAAAGAAUUGCAUUGUGACUUUUACUUUUGAAAUACUAAGGCACUUUGCUUUGCUGAUCUAAUACAUGCAAUAUAUUA